GUAUGAGAUCCGGGACAUACACCUCGUGGAGGAGAGCGUGUUGGAGAGCCUGAAGCUCAAAACCGACUUUCAGAAUUUCAAGCCGCGACCUUUUAACAUGCGGGAAUUCUACGACCGCACCGGUCAUGACAUUAACGACAUGCUGCUGUCCUGCCACUUCCACGGCACAGAGUGCAGGCCGGAGCACUUCAAAGUGGUCUUCACUCGCUACGGGAAGUGCUACACCUUCAACGCCGGUGGAGAUGGACGCCCCCCGCUCAUCACCACCAAAGGGGGCAUGGGCAACGGGCUGGAGCUCAUGCUGGACAUUCAGCAGGAUGAAUACCUGCCAGUCUGGGGAGAAACGGAUGAGACUUCAUUUGAAGCUGGGAUCAAAGUUCAGAUCCACAGUCAGGAAGAGCCAUCCUUCAUCGACCAGCUCGGAUUCGGUGUUUCGCCCGGAUUCCAGACAUUUGUGUCCUGCCAGGAACAGCGGCUCAUCUAUCUGCCCCCGCCCUGGGGAGACUGUAAGGUGACGCCCAUGGAUUCGGACUUCUUUGACACUUACAGCAUCACAGCCUGCCGCAUAGACUGUGAGACCCGCUACCUGGUGGACAACUGCAACUGCCGCAUGGUGCACAUGCCCGGCGACGCUCCUUACUGCACCCCCCAGAUGUACAAAGACUGUGCUGACCCAGCUCUCGAUUUCUUGGUGGAACAAGACAACGAUUUCUGUGUGUGCGAGACGCCGUGCAACAUGACCAGGUACAGCAAGGAGCUGUCCUUCGUCAAGAUCCCCAGCAAGGCCUCAGCCAAGUACCUCGCUAAGAAAUACAACAAAACAGAGCAGUACAUAAAGGACAACAUCUUGGUUUUAGACAUCUUCUUUGAGGCUCUCAACUAUGAAACCAUUGAACAGAAGAAAGCUUACGAAGUGGCCGGACUUUUAGGCGACAUCGGUGGUCAGAUGGGCCUCUUUAUCGGGGCAAGCAUACUGAGCAUUCUGGAGAUUUUUGACUACUUGUACGAGGUGAUUAAGUACAAGCUGUGUCGCUGCUCUGAUAAAAAGCACAAGCACAACAGCGGCGACCAGAGAACGGUGCUGAGCUUAGACGACGUCAAGUGUCACGUCAGUAACUUUCAUUAAGCCUCUGCCGUCCGGAGGAAGGGAGCCUCUGCCUGGACUUUGCUGCUGCAGCCGCAGAGGAUGUGUGAGGAUGAAUGAACCGUAGCUGCUUAGGCGUAACUUUCUCUCAACAUGGUUCCUGCGGCCAAAGGACGCGGACGGUCACACACGCGGUCAGCGAGCUGCAGAAGCCAGAGAGAACCCUGACCUGAUGACAGAUCAACUGCAUGGUCAUCUGUAAACAUCUUUUAAAGACAUAGAAGGAGAUACAGCGAGAUGGGCACCAGCUACAUGAAGGUUUUUAACGUGUGCUGCGCUGUUUAUCCGCCGCCGUGAUUAGGCUUCGUGUAAACUGAUUGUUCCUUUGCAAGAGUUCUGCACUGGCCCUGUUGCCUUUGUUCUCCUAUUUAUUUCUCCUGUUUUUCACCGGGAUGAGAAAUCACUUUUAGAUUCCUGUCCUCCAUCCUCAGCUUAAGCACGUCUGCCCUCGUUAAACUCGGUGCGUUCUGCCAAAAACACUGGACUACCUCAGCCUUCAGUGCAACAGCACCACUGAGAAUUUAUAGACCAAGCUAAACUGACCGUAAGUAAGGAAAUUUUAAAAUCAACUUAAAAAUGGGUAAAACAUAUGUGGCUAUAAAUCUGAGAGGAGGUGCAGAAGACACGUGUUAAUGUCCUUCAGUUUCAUAGUUUAUCGCUGUCCUGGAACUUAGUUUGAUUCAAACCUUUAGAUGUUGGGUUAUGUUUUUUUUUCUUGCCUCUAAAGUCAGG